CAAUUUCUUCCUUUUGUUAUUAUCAAAUAAAAAAAAAAGAAAACAAAAAAAAAGAGUAUAAACCCUUUUGCGGUUAAGUCGCCGGCACUCUAAACCCUUCCUUGCAUUGCACGCGGCUACCGGCCACCGGUGGCCGGUUGCGGUUAAUUCGUCGCCCGUCUCGUGCUGUCGCCUUCACACCGCACACUCUCCAUUCAGUUGCAGUUCACAUACUCCGUUCUAAUGGCGUUGGAUAAGGAAAAGCUUGAAGAAGAAUCAACAAUUCAUCGUUUCUACAAGAUCAUUCUUGCUUGGGAUUACGUUACUCUAGAAGCCGAGAAUAAGAAAAGAAACAAUGGGAAAGCUACUACUUCCAAACUCCUCAAGGUCAAGAAUCAAUACAAAGAUGUUCAAGAUUAUGAGAACACCUAUGAGCCUCUCAUUCUUGAAGAAGCCAAAUCACAAACAUUGGUGGCCAAGAUGAAGAAGGUGGAACCAGCAACUCUUGUUCCCUUGGCCAAUAAAUGCAAAAAAGUUUUCCUGGUUGGUGAUCCAGCUCAACUUCCAGCAACUGUAAUUUCAGACAUUGCUAAGAAUCAUGGAUAUGGAACAAGCUUAUUUGAAAGACUGAAGCAGGCUGGUUAUCCCAUUAAAAUGUUGAAGACCCAAUAUCGAAUGCAUCCUGAGAUAAGAAGCUUUCCCUCGAUGGAGUUUUAUGACAAUUCCUUGGAAGAUGGGGAGGGCGUCAAAAUACAGACAGAACGUGAUUGGCAUAGGUACCGCUGCUUUGGCCCAUUUUCCUUCUUUGAUAUACACGAGGGAAAAGAAGCUAAGCCAUCUGGGAGUGGUUCGUGGGUAAAUGUGGAGGAAGUUGAUUUUGUCCUGUUAUUGUAUCAAAAAUUGGUAUCACUUUAUCCCACACUCAAAUCAGGAAACCAAGUUGCAAUUAUAUCACCCUACAGUGGACAAGUCAACCUCUUCAAACAACGUUUUGAAGAGACUUUUGGCGUGUCAGCAGAGAAAUUAGUGGAUAUAUGUACCGUUGAUGGUUGCCAGGGGCGUGAAAAGGACGUUGCAAUAUUUUCAUGUGUCAGAGCAAGUAAAGAAGGAGGUAUAGGGUUUGUGGAUGACAAGCGACGAAUGAACGUUGGGAUCACCAGAGCAAAGUCUGCAGUGUUGGUGGUUGGGUCUGCCUCAACAUUGAGGAGGAGCGUACAAUGGAACAAGCUUGUGGAAAGUGCUGAGAAAAGGGACUGUUUCUUCAAAGCAUCUAAACCAUAUCCCUCAUUCUUAAGUGAUAAAAAUCUUGAAUCCAUGAAGAAAAAAACAGAUGAACCACCUGAGGCAACAGAAAGUGCUGAUUGAGUAAACAAUGAUGCGCGAAUGGACAAUGUUGCAGAACAUACUUAUCAAGAGCAAGCUGAUGACAAUGAUUAUGGAGAUGGGGAUGCUGACAUGGGUUAUGGAGGUGAUGAUGAUUAGGAUUACUAGUUAGAAAUUAGAAUUUGUAUAGAUGAGCAGAAGGUUCUGUUUAUGAAUUUUACCAGGACUAAGGUAAAUUGUAAACUGGAUUAGACUCCAAUCUUUUUUUGAAAGAUCCAAUUAAUGAUAGUAAUGUAUCAUCUUUGAUGCAAAAAAGAAAAAAAAUCUUAUUCAUGACUC